CUUGGGGCGCUCGGGAGCUGGCGUCAGUCACGUCACGGUUCCCGUUGGACACGGUGUGUGGUGUUUGAGAAGGUCAGUUAUUUGGUCGAUGAGCCAUGUGGAACGGUGCACUGAUCGCGAUCGUGGUGUUGGCGAUACUGUACUGCAUUUGGGACGCCCGAAAGCCUAAGCGAUUCCCACCCGGACCCAUCUGGCUUCCAUUGAUCGGGAGUGGUUUGGUGGUGUUGCAGCUGGUCCGUUCCCUGCAAUACUUUCACCUGAUGUGUAUAGCACUCUGCCAGCGGUACGGCCCGAUUGUUGGCGUUCGGUUCGGACAGGAUCGUAUCGUUGUUGUGUCGGGACGGGAAGCAAUCCGUGCGAUGUACGCAAAGGAACAGUUUGACGGCCGCCCGGAUGGUUACUUCUUUCGGAUGCGUUCGUUCGGCCAGCGGCUUGGGGUGGCCCUUACCGAUGGUCCAAGCUGGGAGGUACAGCGUAAGUUUGCCGUGCGUACCAUGAAACAGCUCGGCAUGGGACGGAACGAGUUUCAGCGAGUGAUCGAGCGGGAAGUGGUGGAGUUGGUUGAGGCUUUCCGGAGACGGGCGGCCGCCGGCGAAACGUUUCCGAUGAGCAGCUCCAUGGAUGUGGCGUUACUGAAUGUGCUGUGGGUGUUGCUGGCGGGCCAACGGUUCGAGCUGGAGAACGAACGGUUGGGUUGGCUAGCUGACACGAUUCAUCAGACGUUCCACGUGAUCGACGUAUCGGGUGGAACGUUAAACAGGUUUCCUUGGUUGCGAUUUGUCUGCCCGGAAAGCUCCGGGUACGGCCCGAUGCUGAGGUUACUGAAGCCCCUCUGGGGGUUUCUUGAGGAAACGAUUGAAGCAAUCAGGAAGAACCCGCACUGUCCCAAUCGACGCGACAGUCUCAUCUCGGCCUUCCUGGUGGAAAUGUCCCGUGCGGAGCAUCACGUUUCGUUCACCGAUUCGCAGCUCGUCAGCCUGUGUCUGGAUCUGUUUCAGGCCAGUAUUGAGACGAUCAGCAGUGUGCUUGGAUUCGCGUUCCUGUACAUGCUCCACUAUCCGGAUGUGAUGCGCAGGGUACAGCAGGAGCUGGCGGCCGUCGUUGGACCCGAACGACUUCCAACGGCUAACGAUAGACCGCAGCUACCGUACACUGAAGCGGUCAUCCUGGAGGUAGAACGUAUAGCGACUAUCGUCCCGGGUGGGCUCGUUCAUCGAGCAAUGGAAGAUGUGGAGCUGUGUGGAUAUCAAAUUCCAAAAGAUGCCAUCGUACUGCCGCUGCUGUACUCGCUGCAGAUGGAUGCAAAGUAUUGGACCGAUCCGGGCGUAUUUCGGCCGGACCGAUUUCUCACCGCGGAAGGUGAUCGAGUGGUGCAGCACGAUCUUUUCAUACCGUUCGGUGCGGGCCGGCGACGCUGUCUCGGGGAAGCACUUGCCAAACCGGCCGUGUUUCUGUUCUUUAGUGCCAUUCUGCACAGCUUUACGAUCGAGUGUGCAGACAAGGAGCUACCCUCGUUGAGGGGCGUGGACGGUAUAACGCUAUCACCACAGCCGUACACGCUCCGGUUGCUGGAUCGGUUGAGUAGGUAGAGGUGGCCGACGGUCGAAGGAAUAGUGUUUAAGCAUUACAUUAAAGCAGCAGUAGAUGAAAUUGAAGCCUAUCCUCGUGAGACAAUGCUGUUAAAAAUAAAGCCAAAAUCAAGUAUUGCAUACCUUCAGGCUCAGGUGAGGAAACAUCGCAUGACGUAUGGUUCCAAGCUAUUACAUCUUUAGCAUGUGUCGCAGGAAGGUUUAGAGGCCGCUUACUUUUGCUCAGAGCUCUUGUCGUUGUUAACUGUUACAAACAAAUGUGCAAUUCUGUAAAUUCAUUGGUGCAAGUGAGGCA